CAGGAGCUUUAAAGCGGAGUUGAGCGCUGAGAAGGAGCAACAACUCGACACGCGGCUCCCUGACGGUCCAGUAUCUAUCUAUAUAUAUAUAUAUAUAUAUAAACCCACUAAUCCCCGGCGGCAGUGAGUGAUUAAUGGAGGUCAGUCUGCUGGAGCUGCUCAGUGUGGAGGUGAACUGCAGCCUCGCGGACGCGUUUGGAGACGCUGCGUACGGAAACGCGUCAGACGUCCUGUACUGCAACGCCACGGCGGAUGAGAUCGGCACGUGCUGGCCGAGGAGCGGCGCGGGGAGAGUGGUGGCGCGGCCGUGUCCCGACUUCAUCAACGGGGUCAAGUACAACAGCACCAGGAGCGUGUACAGAGAAUGCCUGGAGAACGGCACAUGGGCUUUCAAGAUCAACUACUCCAGCUGCGAGCCCAUUUUAGAGGAAAAGAGGAAGUAUCCGGUGCACUACAAGAUCGCGCUCAUCAUCAACUAUCUGGGACACUGCAUAUCUGUCGGAGCGCUCGUCAUCGCCUUCGUUCUCUUCCUGUGCUUGAGGAGUAUCCGAUGUUUGCGGAACGUAAUUCACUGGAAUUUAAUAACUACCUUCAUCCUGAGGAACAUCAUGUGGCUUCUGCUACAGCUCAUCGACCAUAACAUCCACGAGAGGAACGAGCCAUGGUGUCGCCUCAUAACCACCGUCUAUAACUAUUUUGUGGUGACGAAUUUUUUCUGGAUGUUUGUGGAAGGUUGUUAUCUUCACACAGCCAUCGUCAUGACCUACUCCACCGACAAACUCCGAAAAUGGGUGUUCCUCUUCAUCGGCUGGUGUAUUCCGUGUCCGAUCAUCAUCGCAUGGGCUGUCGGGAAGCUGUACAACGAAAACGAACAGUGCUGGUUUGGAAAAGAACCAGGAAAAUACAUGGACUACAUUUAUCAGGGUCCUGUAAUUGUUGUUCUGUUGAUAAACUUCGUGUUCCUCUUCAACAUCGUGCGCAUACUGAUGACGAAGCUGCGAGCCUCCACCACGUCAGAGACCAUACAGUACAGGAAAGCGGUGAAGGCGACGUUAGUGCUGCUUCCUCUGCUCGGCAUCACGUACAUGCUGUUCUUCGUGAAUCCGGGGGAUGAUGACAUCUCACAGAUUGUCUUUAUUUAUUUCAAUUCUUUCCUGCAGUCCUUUCAGGGUUUCUUCGUCUCGGUGUUUUACUGCUUCCUCAACGGUGAGGUGCGCUCUGCAGUAAGGAAACGUUGGCAUCGUUGGCAGGAUAACCACGCUCUCCGUGUUCGGGUUGCCAGGGCGAUGUCCAUCCCUACAUCCCCUACUCGCAUCAGCUUCCACAGCAUUAAACAUACCACUGCUGUGUGACACACACACACCAUUACACACCUGGAACAGCUAACACACACCAUUACACAUCUGGAACAGCUAACACACCCCAUUACACACCUGGACCAGGCAAUACACCCCAUUACACACCUGGAACAGGUAACACACCCCAUUACA